GGAGCCAUCAAAAGUUUGGCACAGAUUCGGGAUGGAUAGCCCGGGAUUGCCAUGACUACGAGCGUUGCUAUCAACAGUAGCGCAGCUCGUCUGAUCGGUGGAACGGCUCAAGCUAUUUGCCCGGACAGGCAAGAUGGAUGUCGUUGGUGCAAGCGGCGUGUCUCUGACAUGCCCCGUGUGCCGCAUCUCAGUGAUGUGUCCCCGGACUAGGUCCAUGUGCCCAUUUUGCGGGUCUUUCUACAACCGAGAGGCCAAUUCUGACACCAGCCUCCGUGGUCGGCACCAGAACAGAGACACACUGCCCCACAUUGAGAAUGAGAGAUCCGUCGUUCGCAUCGCUGGCUUCGGACCGUUAAUUACAGACAGCCUCGGCGCCAUUCAUUCGUACAUUACCGGUUUAAUCCUCCAGCCUUCUUCCCCUGCAUCUUUGUACCUGUCGUUGCCUCCCGUUCAAGCAGACGCGGAACGUAGACUAUGCAGUCUCAGCGCCGGUGCUGAACUCCAAGCUUCCACAGCAAAGGACCACCAGCCUGGAGAUUCAUGCGAUCCUUUAGAAUCCCAGUACCCAGCUCGUAGCAAGGAUAUCGCGGAUCUGAGAGAAACGGUGGAAGAAGGUCGAGCAACGAACUCAUUUGCGAAAAUUCGAGAGUUCUACGAACUGACCUUUAGUUCACUGGUGGAGCUCAAUGCCCUUUUCAAGCAAAAUCCUGCCCAGGAUGACGCGAAGCUGUGCACCCCGGAGCUUAAGAACGAACUCCUUUACGCCGUUUACGACAUCCUCGAAGAGCUGCCUUCAUAUGUGAGCAAAGCAGUCCUGAAAGGAAUCAUUAAUUCUCUCCUUACAACGGAUAUCAGGCUAAAGGCAAAGGACGAUACGAGAGCAGUGUACAUAUUGUUGCAGAAUCCUGUUUUCAGUAACCAGAGUUCCUACACCAUCUUCGCACACCUUUUGCGAAAAGUCGUGUCCUUAAAAAGUGCGGAUCAUCAGCUCCUUAUUCAUUGGUUUGCAAACUGUCCCGCAAACCGCCUUCGCGCAUUGGUCAAGCGACUGCUACAGUUUAUCACCAUCCGAGAAUUCCCUCCUGCUAAUGGCCACAAGCUGCCGUCCAUCAGCAAGAGUAGAUGGUGGAUUCCUUGUGCUACUCGUGUCCUGGCGCUUAUCAAUGCAUCGAGCAACAAGAAACACCCAAAUAUUCUUCAUUACACGGAGUUCUACAACAGCGCCUUGGAUCACAUAGAUCUGAUAUCAGAGUACUAUCGCUGGCAAUCACCAGGAAAACAUUCAAAGUUCUCCUACUGUCAGUAUCCCUUCAUCCUGAGCAUUGUGGCAAAGAAGUUUGUACUGCAGAGGGACUCGGAACAACAAAUGAUCCUGAAUGCCAGACGCAGUCUCCUAAACCGAGCUCUUCACCACCAAGCGCCAGAUAUCGAUGUCUUCUUUCUCAACCUCAACGUUCGUCGGUCCAACUUGGUAUCAGACUCACUAAAUGAGAUAGCUCGAAAACAGCGGGACCUGAAAAAAAAGCUCAAAGUAACAUUUGUCGGGGAGCCGGGUCUUGACAUGGGCGGUCUGACCAAGGAGUGGUUCUUGUUGCUCAUCCGCCAGAUAUUCAGCCCUGAUUAUGGAAUGUUUGUGUACCACAACCAAGCACGUUGUUAUUGGUUCAGCACGACGCAACUUGGAAACUUGAGAGAGUACAACUUGAUCGGAGUUCUCAUGGGAUUAGCUGUCUACAAUUCCAUUAUCUUAGAUCUUCAUUUUCCGACGGCCUGUUACAAAAAGCUUCUAAAUCCUCCAGUUGUGCCUCAGAAUAUAGAGAGUGCAAAUGUAGGUGUUUGCAAGUUUACCACCGAUGAUUUCGCCGAAGUGAUGCCUGAUGUGACUACAGGACUUAAGGAGCUUCUUGCCUAUGAAGGAAAUGUAGAAGAGGAUUUCUGCAUGACAUUCCAGGUCUCAGUAGAAGAGUUUGGUGCUAUAAAAACGCAUACGCUUAAAGUUGAAGGUGAGGACAUUCCAGUGACUAACGACAAUAGAAAAGAAUAUGUGGAACUUUACGUGGACCUUAUCCUCAACAAGGCUAUUUUCCAUCCAUUUAAAGCAUUUUAUUUGGGAUUUCACAGCGUCUGCGCAUCAAACGCUCUCAUAAUGCUUCGUCCAGAAGAAGUGGAAAUGCUUGUCUGUGGAUGUCCGAAAUUGGACAUGGAGGAGUUAAGAAAGGUCACGGUGUAUGACAACUUCGAUGAAAACGAGCCCAUUAUACAGGACUUUUGGGAUAUUUUGAAGUCAUUCAGUCCUGAGCUUCAGAAGCAAUUCCUACGCUUUGCAACUGGAAGUGAUAGGGUGCCUGUUGGGGGAAUGGGAGAAAUGACAUUCAAGAUAUCGGCCCUCAAUAAUAACACAGACAUGCUGCCUGUUUCGCACACGUGCUUCAAUCAACUCGUGUUACCUAGGUAUAACAGCAAAGACGUGCUCAAGGACAAGCUCAUCAUCGCUAUUUCCAAUGCUGAGGGAUUUGGCCUUGAGUGACACUAACGCUGAUUGUGCAACAUCACCGACAGAAGCUCAUCACAAACAUGCAGAGCCAUCAGACUAUAGCAUGUUGUCACUGUGCAAUCCAGCCGUAGACUACAAUGGAAUACACACGCGACGCAGAAAUACAAAAACGAGUGCUACCUACUCGGGACAUGGGA